AUUGCUUUAGCAGGUGUGAAGCGUGUGCUUUAGUGCCGUUGGAGGCCUGGCUUCCCCCAGAGGGAGGGGGAAGGUUGAAACCACUCCUUUGAGGGAUUUGCCGGGGUCACUGUCGUGGAUUUGUAGAGUCGGCUGGGCGGCGCCAUGACGGAAAGAAAAGGAACAGCCAAAGUGGACUUUUUGAAGAAGAUUGAGAAAGAAAUCCAACAGAAAUGGGAUACUGAGAAGGUGUUUGAGGUCAGUGGAUCUAAUUUAGAGAAGCAGACCAGCAAGGACAAGUACUUUGUAACCUUUCCAUAUCCAUAUAUGAAUGGGCGCCUUCAUUUGGGACACACAUUUUCUUUAUCCAAAUGUGAGUUUGCUGUAGGGUACCAGAGAUUGAAAGGAAAAAUUUGUCUGUUUCCCUUUGGCUUGCACUGUACUGGAAUGCCUAUUAAGGCAUGUGCUGAUAAAUUGAAAAGAGAAAUAGAGCUGUAUGGUUGCCCCCCUGAUUUACCAGAUGAGGAAGAGGAAGAGGAAGAAAUCAGUGUUAAAACAGAAGAUAUAGUAAUUAAGGAUAAAGCUAAAGGAAAAAAGAGUAAAGCAGCUGCUAAAGCUGGAUCUUCUAGAUACCAGUGGGGCAUUAUGAAAUCACUUGGUAUGUCUGAUGAAGAGAUAGUAAAAUUUUCUGAAGCAGAACAUUGGCUUGAUUAUUUCCCACCACUGGCUAUUCAGGAUCUAAAGAGAUUGGGUUUGAAGGUAGACUGGCGUCGUUCCUUCAUUACCACUGAUGUCAAUCCUUACUAUGAUUCAUUUGUCAGGUGGCAAUUUUUAACAUUAAGAGAAAGAAACAAAAUUAAAUUUGGGAGGCGGUAUACCAUUUAUUCUCCAAAAGAUGGACAGCCUUGCAUGGAUCAUGACAGACAGACUGGCGAGGGUGUUGGACCUCAGGAAUAUACUUUAAUCAAAUUGAAAGUGCUUGAGCCAUAUCCAUCCAAAUUAAGUGGCCUGAAAGGUAAAAAUAUCUUCUUGGUAGCUGCUACUCUCAGACCUGAAACCAUGUUUGGACAGACAAACUGCUGGGUUCGUCCUGAUAUGAAGUACAUUGGAUUUGAGACAGUGAAUGGUGAUAUAUUUGUCUGUACCCAGAGAGCUGCCAGGAAUAUGUCAUACCAGGGCUUUACCAAAGACAAUGGAGUGGUGCCUGUUGUUAAGGAAUUAAUGGGGGAGGAAAUUCUUGGUGCAUCACUUUCUGCACCUUUAACAUCCUAUAAAGUGAUCUAUGUUCUCCCAAUGCUAACCAUUAAGGAGGAUAAAGGCACUGGUGUGGUCACAAGUGUUCCUUCUGACUCACCUGAUGAUAUUGCUGCCCUUACAGACUUGAAGAAAAAGCAAGCCUUACGAGCAAAGUAUGGAAUUAGAGAUGACAUGGUCUUGCCAUUUGAGCCAGUGCCCGUCAUUGAAAUCCCAGGUUUUGGAAAUCUUUCCGCUGUAACAAUUUGUGAUGAUUUGAAAAUUCAGAGCCAGAAUGAUCGAGAAAAACUUGCAGAAGCAAAAGAGAAAUUAUAUAUAAGGGGAUUUUAUGAUGGUGUAAUGUUGGUGGACGGAUUUAAAGGCCAGAAGGUCCGAGAUGUAAAGAAGACUAUUCAGAAAAAGAUGAUUGACACUGGAGAUGCUUUUAUUUACAUGGAACCAGAGAAACAAGUGAUGUCCAGGUCUUCAGAUGAAUGUGUUGUGGCCCUGUGUGACCAGUGGUACUUGGAUUAUGGAGAAGAGAAUUGGAAAAAACAGACAUUCCAGAGCUUGAAAAACCUGGAAACAUUCUGUGAGGAGACCAGGAGGAAUUUUGAAGCUACCUUAGGUUGGCUACAAGAACAUGCUUGCUCAAGAACUUAUGGUUUAGGCACUCGCCUGCCUUGGGAUGAGCAAUGGCUAAUUGAAUCACUCUCUGAUUCCACUAUUUAUAUGGCGUUUUACACAGUUGCACACCUGUUGCAGGGGGGUAACUUGCGUGGACAGGGAGAGUCUCCACUAGGCAUCAGACCACAACAGAUGAUCAAGGAAGUUUGGGACUAUAUUUUCUUCAAGGAGGCUCCAUUUCCUAAUACUCAGAUCCCAAAGGAAAAAUUAGAUCAGUUAAAGCAGGAGUUUGAGUUUUGGUAUCCUGUGGAUCUUCGGGUCUCUGGCAAGGAUCUUGUUCCAAAUCAUCUUUCGUAUUACCUCUAUAAUCAUGUUGCUAUGUGGCCAGAACAAAGUGACAAAUGGCCUAUAGCUGUGAGAGCAAAUGGACAUCUCCUCCUCAACUCUGAGAAGAUGUCAAAGUCCACAGGCAACUUCCUCACUUUGACCCAGGCAAUUGACAAAUUUUCAGCUGAUGGAAUGCGCUUGGCUCUAGCUGAUGCUGGUGACACUGUUGAGGAUGCCAACUUUGUGGAAGCCAUGGCAGAUGCAGGUAUUCUCCGUCUGUACACCUGGGUGGAAUGGGUGAAAGAAAUGGUUGCCAACCGGGACAGCCUAAGAAGUGGUCCUGCCAGCACUUUCAAUGAUAGAGUUUUUGCCAGUGAAAUGAAUGCUGGAAUUAUAAAAACAGAUCAAAACUAUGAAAAGAUGAUGUUUAAAGAAGCUUUGAAAACAGGGUUUUUUGAGUUUCAGGCUGCAAAAGAUAAGUACCGUGAGUUGGCCAUAGAGGGGAUGCACAGAGAACUUGUGUUCCGGUUUAUUGAAGUCCAGACACUUCUCUUGGCUCCAUUCUGUCCACAUUUGUGUGAGCACAUUUGGACACUCCUGGGAAAGCCUGAUUCAAUUAUGAACGCUUCAUGGCCUGUGGUGGGUCCUGUGGAUGAAGCCUUGAUACGUUCCUCACAGUAUCUCAUGGAAGUAGCACAUGACCUUAGGCUACGAAUCAAGAACUAUAUGAUGCCAACUAAAGGGAAGAAGACUGACAAGCAACCACCUCAGAAGCCCUCACAUUGCACCAUCUAUGUGGCGAAGAACUAUCCACCUUGGCAACAUACCACCCUGUUGGUUUUACGUAACCACUUUGAGGCGAAUAGUGGAAAAUUGCCCGACAACAAAGUCAUUGCUAGUGAACUAGGCAAUUUGCCAGAAUUGAAGAAAUAUAUGAAAAAAGUGAUGCCGUUUGUUGCCACGAUUAAGGAAAAUCUGGAGAAGAUGGGGCCUCGUGUUCUGGAUUUGCAGUUGGAAUUUGAUGAACAGGCAGUGCUUAUGGAGAAUAUAGUCUACCUGACUAAUUCCCUUGAGCUAGAAAACAUAGAAGUCAAGUUUGCCUCUGAAGCAGAAGAUAAAGUCAGGGAAGACUGCUGUCCUGGGAAACCACUUAAUGUUUUUAGAACAGAACCUGGUGUGUCAGUUUCCCUACUGAAUCCCCAGCCAUCCAAUGGCCAUUUCUCAACCAAAAUCGAAAUCAGGCAGGGAGAUAGCUGUGAUUCCAUAAUCAGGCGUUUAAUGAAAAUUGAUCGAGGAAUCAAAGACCUUUCCAAAGUGAAACUGAUGAGAUUUGAUGAUCCACUGUUGGGGCCUCGGCGAGUUCCUGUCCUGGGAAAAGAGCACACUGAGAAGACCCCCAUUUCUGAGCAUGCUGUUUUCCACGUGGAUCUCAUGAGCAAGAAAAUUCAUCUCACUGAAAAUGGGCUGCGGGCAGAUAUUGGCGAUACAAUUAUCUAUCUGGUUCAUUAAAUUCAUGAAGAUUUAUCCUGGUUUCUAGGGAUACUACCACUCUGAUGUGUUUACUGACCGGCUAUGAGAACCUUAGCGGGACCUAAAUAGAUUUCAUUUCUAACCAUCACAUUCUGCAUGUAAUCAUAAUCAUACCAAGUCAUCUUUGAUUCCUUGACCUAAUAAAUCUUUACCGCCUUCUUUGGGCCUCUAAGAGAAAUGGUUUGUCCCAUACUUUUUUUUUUUUUUAAACAAAUUAUUGCUAUUUCUCAGAAGCUUCUAGUUUUUAAGAUUAACACAAAAGUGUCAGUAUGCUUCUUUUAUGAGGUGUACUUUAUACUGUUUAUGAAGUCUAAGGAGUAUGUAAUAGCUUUUUAUACUACAUCCAUUUAUGGCAUUAGCUGUGUUUCUUCUUUAAAAAGAAAAAAUAGUGAAUUAAACAUCUAGUUCUGUUUUUUUAAGAAAGGAACUCUCAUGAUGAUUUAAAAGAACAAGUGAGAAUAUUUUGACUUGACUAUGAUUAUUAAGUAUUUUUUAUGAAGAACAAAUAGGUCUUGCAUUUUAUAAGAUGUCUUAAAGCUUUAAUAUAUUCAAUUAACAACCAGUAAUGUUUUUUCAAGGCUAAUAUCAAUGGUUUAUAAGCAGUUUAGUUCAUCUACACUAAAUUUAGGAAUUUUAAAAGAGAAUUUUUUUUCCCUAAAAAUCUACAUUUACCAAAUUUGUCUUGAGUUCAAUAGUACUUAAAGAUUAGGCUAACUGUAUUGCAGAUUUAUUCUUUUAUUCUUGCGGGAAUGUCUUUUGAUAUUGUCUGUGCCAUCUGCCUUCAUAUGAGGAAAAAAAUGUAAGGCAUUGACUAGCAAAGGAGAAAAACAUUUCUAUUUUUAAUGGGGUCAGUAUGGGAAAAGACCAACUUUGUAACCCUCCGGAAUCUGAAUUUUUUUUGCUUUCCCCACUGGCAACUUAGGAAGGGGAAGGGAACAGAAUUCUAAAUUUGAGGUCGUGUAAACAGAUUUUAUUGAGUUUCCUUAUUUUGCUCUCUACGAUUCAAAAUUACUAGGCCUAGAUCAGUGCUUUAUCAUAAAUUUAUCAAAGCAAAUCAUAGAAUGUUAGAACUGAAAGAUCCUUUAGAAAUCGUCAAGUGAAAAUCAUCAUUUAUCUGCUAGGGGCAGGCAGUAUAUAGUAUAGUGGGGUAAGAUUACAUGCUCUGAACUCAGAGUAGCUAGGUUAGAUUUCUAGUUCUUCCAUCUGCUACUUGGAUGAUCUUGGUCAAUUACUUAGAGCCUCAGUUUUUUCAUCUAUAAAAUGAACUAAUAAUGGUACCUACUUUGUAGGCUUAUUGUGAAAUGUUUAGACAAAUUGAUCUAGGAAGAUCACAGUGCCUGGCAAGUAGUAAGCCUUCAGUAAUGUGACCAGUGAUGAUGAAGAAUAAGAAUAAUGUACCAGGGUAUUUUGGCAUAAAAUUAUUGUAGGCUAUAGUAAUGUUCUUUGUAUUGGUUUCUUUGGGGCAACUGUUUUUUUAUUUGCACUCCUUUAGAUUCUUUUGCUAUUGUUCAGUCUGCAUAGCAUUAGUUGCUCCUCAAAUCAAGUAGUGUGUCCUGAUGCCUAAACACAAACCUACUUAUGUGUAACUUAGGCAAAGUAAAUGAUUUGUACUUGGCCAAAAAAAAAAAAAGAAAUUUUUUUUUUUUUUUUUGAAAGAUGACCGGUAAGGGGAUCUCAACCCUUGGCUUGGUGUUGUCAGCACCACGCUCAACCAGUGAGCCAACCGGCCAUCCCUAUAUAGGAUCCGAACCCGGGGCCUUGGUGUUCUCAGCACCACACUCUCCCGAGUGAGCCACGGGCCGGCCCAAAAAAGAAAAUUUUAAUUCUGUGAGUGAUUGUGCCCAUUUUAUUAAAUGAACCUAUGAACCUUUGUGAGUUGGGAUUCAUGGGUCCUCUUUCCUCAGUCUCAAUUCCUGUGUGUCUCUCUUAGAAUGAGCUUUUCUUGCUAGGCUGAGUACGCUUCUUGUGUUUAAAGAUGCAUAAAUUUAGAAGGCCUCUAAGCAUAAGCCCAUUACUUCAUCUGAUACUCAACUGAAGAUACAGCAAUUAGUUGAAAUGCUGAAGGAAAAACAGUCUUCAGUGGACCUAUUUGGUAGUAUGUUAGUGCCUUCCUAAAGAAUUUUAACCGUUUUUAAGUUGUGAAAUAUAAUGUUCACAAACAAAAAGUGAAUAACAAAAUGUAUGUAAUAUACACACACAAAAAUGAAUUCUCUCCUCCCAACAAAAGAAUUUAUCAGUAAAACAAGCACCUGUGUAAUCACCAACCAGUCAGGAAAUUGCAAAAUGCCAGCACUGCAGAAGCUUGCCUUCUGCCUUCUCUCUGUCACUAGAGUUAAGCUUUAUGGCACCAUAUAUGGUCAGUUUUUAUUAAAGUUCCAUGUGAGCUUAAAAAGAAUGUGUAUUCUGCAGUUGUAGAGUUCUGUAUAUGUCCAUUAGGUUAGUGUUGCAAAUUGAAUUGUUCAAAUCUAUGUCCUUAUUGUUUUGUGUAACACUUUAUUUCAACAAAUUUUAAGCCUACAGAAAAUCUGAAAGAAUUGGCCAAUAAACAUUCAUAUACCUGUUACCUAGAUUUAGCAAUUAUUCAUAUAUAUUUUUUUUUAUUUAUGGAAAAGUUGCAUUUAUAGUACAGAGAGUUCCUGUACACCUUUCACCCAGUUUCCCCUUUUAACAUCUUAUAUAACCUUGGUUCAGUUGUGAAAACUAAGAAACUAACAUUGGUAUAUUACUAUUAAGUAAACUAUAGACUUUAUUCAUAUUUCACCAGUUUUUCUACUAAUGUCAUUUUACUAUUACAGGAUGCUAUCCAUGAUACCUCACUGCAUUUAGAGUUUACUUUUUAAAAAUUCUGAAUCAUUUGACAGUAAGUUAUAGACACCAUGACACUGCACCUUUCAGUACUUUAGCAUGUAGCUCCUAAGAACUAGGACAUUCCCCUGUAUAAUCACAAUCUCAUUAUUAUGCCAAAAAGUUUAACAUGAUACAAUAAUAUUAGGUAAUAAGCUUUCCUAAUAAAAUUGGAGUAAUAAAAUUUCCCCAAUGUCUCAUCAGUGAUAACUUUUUUUUUAAAAACCCUCAAGGAUCCAAUCAAAGAUCAAGCAUUACAUUGUGUGGUCGUAUUUGUUGACCUUUAAACUAGGACAGUUUCUCUGCUUCCUAUUCUUUUCCUUUUUGGUCUUUCAUGAGGGGAACAAUUUUGAGUACUUUAAGCCAGUUGUUUGUAGGAUGGCUCAUAAUCUGGAUUUGUCUGUUUUCUCAGGGUUAGAAUCAGAUUUGAAAGUCUUGACAAGAGUACUACAUAGGUGAUAUUUCAUAAUGCAUCAUAUCGGAAUUAAUACAUUGUGAGUUUGUCCCAUUAUUGGUGAUGAUGAGUUUGAUCACUUGGUUAAAUUGGUAUCUUCAUAUUUCUCCACUGAAAAGAUAUCCUCUUCCUUUUGAUAAUUAAUAAGUAGUCUGUGAGGUGAUAUUUUGAAACUUAGUGAAUAUCUUGUUGCUAUGGUCUGAACGUUUUUGUCCCUGCCAAAAUUCAUGUUGAAACCUAACCCCCAUGGUAAUGGGGACUUUGGGAGCUGAUUAGAUUAUGAGGCUACUUCCUCGUGAAUGGGAUUAGUGCCCUUAUAAAAGAGGCUUAAGGCAGCCUUUUUGCUCUUCUGCCAUGUGAGGAAACCUAGAAGGCACCAUCUAUGAGGAAUGGGCCUUCACCAGAUGUAGAUUCUGCUGGUGCCUUGAUCUUGGACUUCCCAGCCUCCAGAACUGUGAGCAGUAAAUUUCUAUUUAUAAAUUACUGAAUCUAGGGUGUUUUGUUAAUAGCAGCCCAAAUGGAUAAGACGCCUGUUUACUAGGAAACUUUUGCCAAGUGUUAGCAUUCGUGGAUAAUUUUUCUGUCAGUUAUUACAUUGGCAGUUGUAAUAUGGUGAGUUCAUAAAAGAUGAUAAAAUUAUCAUUUCUCCUACAUUUAUUAGGUAUUAUUCUUCUGUAAAGAAAAGGUCUCUUUGCUUCCAGUUUUUUUUUUUUUUUUUUCCAUCAUUUUUACAAAUUGCUGUGGAUCCUUUUUUUCAUAUGCUGGUACUAUCCAUUACUGUUAUCAUUCUUUGAAUGCCCUUGUUUCCUACGUUAACUAGUGGAUUAAAGCUGGCUCUUGUGUCUUUUGAUGACUCCCCAUCGAUCUUGGAGCAUUUCUUUGCUUAAUGGCACAAGAGGUUCCCAGCUUACCUUACAUUUUUGUGUUCCAGAAUUAGAAUCUAUCUUUCCUUCAAGGAGCUCUGCUUCAUUUUAAUGGAGAAUGGUAUUAAGAAACUAAAAUCCAGGUGUUUUAUGUGUUUAUUGCUACUAUGACAUUGGUUUUCAGGCCCUUCCAGGGAACGGAGCUAAGAAAUGUAUAUAUAUUUGAAAUCAUAAUCUUAUUUAAUACUACAGAAUUUUCUUGCCUUCUUUCCUUAUAUGUUUAUAUUUCCCUUCUCACACAGCGAGAACUCUGGUUCUCAAGAACCUCAGUAUAUUUUACUCAUUUGGCCUAUUGGUAAUUUCAGAAUUACCAAUCUACUACUAACUACUACUAACAACAAAUAUACUAAUUGGAGUUCAGUAUUUUUUUUCUGCAGUUUUUGUGUCCUUAGAUCAUAUUUUGCUAAGGGGUAUAGUCAGAGCACUGUAUUCAAAUAUUUCUUGAAUUAAUUCCUGUUUGUUUGUGGUUUCUUAAAUAAAGAAAUGUUUCUUGAAUUCUUUUCUGUAUGUUGUUCAAAUAUAGAGUUACUUCACAUUCAA